AUGGCAGGAAAAUUUGCGCUGCGCCAUGUCGUCGGGAGCGACGUGGUGAACGAGCUGAUGAGUAGCACAGUGAGACAGUCGCAGACUAUGUCACAAGGCGUCAUGAUGAGCUUCGACUUCCCCAUGGCAGUCAGAACGGCGAGGACGGUCUCGGCCACGUGCUCUCCUCGACAGGUCUCGCAGCAGUUGAUCGAAGGAGAGGGAGAGACUGCGGCUAAGGAAGAGGAGGAGGGAGAGCAUGAGGUGGGGGAGGAUGCAGCUCUUUCUCUGGUGAUGAUGGGGCUUCUGCGGAAGGCCAUCAAUGCGAAGAAAGCGUUCUUGAUGGGAGCUCAACAAGGCAAUGGAUACAUGACAAGAAGGGAUUUCAAGAAUCUUUUGCUCAAAUUGGGAGUGAUCAGAACCACAUCGAUCGCUUGCGGCAUGCCAGCGCGAACUGUAAACGGAGUAGCACUGAAGAAGUCCAUUGGACCGAAAAUGUCGACAGAACCAAAUAGCGAGUCUCUCAAGAGCUUCUCCGAUGUUGGUGAGAAGGUGGUGGAUCUGGUGUGGAGAAAGGAGAAGUUGGAUGACAAGAAACAAGGGAUGGUCAGCUUUGAGACGUUUUCCAGAGUGCUGUUUGCGCAGAAUGUCGGGUUGGAGACGUCACAACUGCAGAAGCUCCUUGCAAUUGAGUCAAAGGCCACAAAGGAUGAAGUCAGCAAUCUCCAUCAGAGGCCGCAAGUCCGACAAGCGUCUUUCGCAUUACAAGCAAUGGAUGGAGACCUGGAUGGAGAUCGGAAGAAAUAUUCUUCCACCUACUGGUACAAGGGGUCGAUCCAGACUAAGACGUACAACUUGGAUGAGAAGAAAAAGAAUGUCAUGGACGAUGUUGCCUGGAACAUGUCUCAAGGUGCUCUGCUGGAAUUUGGUCCAGAUUUGAAUCGCCACGGAAAAGUUUUGAUGAAGAACUCAUUCGAGAUCAACUUUUCAACAGCUCCUAAGAAUGCAAAAGGAACUGGAAACGACUCGAGAGAACUUGAGUUCAUCCUGCCCUUUUCCAAGACUGCAGAAAGAAACGCCUCCUGGCCACGCAUCAACUAUGACUCUAAGAAGGUACCGCAGAGGAUUCACCCCAUGUCGCCGACAGAAGAGAAUCCACAAGACUUCCAUCCUCUAGCAGACAACAUCAUCAAGACCAACCCCGAUGCGCUGCGGCCGCAAGGAACCGAUCAAAUCGGCAAGGUCCAAGUAGAGCAGCGAAGGAGCUUCAACCGUGGGCUCUGGGCCCCCACCUACGCACAUGGGGGUCGCUCCUCCUACUCAGCCUGCACGAAGGAGACCUGGGUACCCAUCGCCCAUGCCUCAACCUCCCUCACUCAUCGCUUUGCUACUCCGAGCUUCGUCGCCUGGCCCGACUCCGGGAACCCUCUGAUUCGAAAGUUUCGUGAAUCCGGGCGAUCUCGCCUGAUGUCAAAGAAGAAGGGUUGA